AUGACGGCAGACCAUCCUCCAGUUUUCGAGCCCACGGGCACCAUCGAGCUGCAGUCCGUGUCAGCCAGCAAAAUCAUCGCGGUCAGCCUGUACUCUUCACGCGCCGAAAUAACGCGGCUCUACAAAUUUGGGGUCAAGACGGGCCUUAACCAGGUCAAUAUCUCUGGGCUGCCGAAUGUUUUGGAGUCAGAGUCCCUCCGAGUAGAAGGCAGAGGCGCUGCGACAAUCCACGAUGUCACUGUUUCAACUGCGAAAGGCGAACACGUAGAAACCACGUCUCCGGAGCUCAAGGCCCUAUUGAAGCAGCAAGAGCGAACACAAUAUGCCCUCGGACGAUGCGAGAAGUCAAUCGAGGCGCUGGAGCAAUAUCUGGCUUCACUGACGGUCGAGCACCUGGACUACUCGAAGAUAGAGAGUGUGAUGGAGAGCUACAAUAAGGCGGGGGAGAAGCUCGACGACCAGAAGUCGGAGUUGACGGAGCGCCUGCAAACUCUUAGGGUUGACAUCGAGAAAGAGCGCGAGCGUAUUGCUGUCCCGCACGAAAAUGACAAGCUACGAGUCAAAGCCGCUAUUGGUGUGUUUGCGGAGCACGAGGGGGAUAUCGAGAUUGCUCUUAUCUAUGCUGUUCCUCGCGCGACAUGGAGAGCCUUCUACGAUAUUCGUGUGGAUAUGAACACCAAAGACGACCCUAUAAAGCUCAUCUACAAAGCCGCUAUCAUGCAGAACACGGGCGAGUCCUGGGAUGAUGUUCCGCUCACCCUCGAAACAUCAACUCCCACCUUUGGCCUCGACAUACCCGAGUUGCAGCCGUGGAAUCUCGACAUCUUCCGCUUCACCCCGUUCAAGUCACGCAAGAAGUCUGCAAUUCCGGGCAGCAGUAGCAUGACCAUGUCCCGCAUGCAAGAGAAGUCCAGAUCAGCGGUCGACGACAUGGAUGAACUUUUUGGGUCUGACGUAGCAGGCGGUAUGGCGGAACCGAUGGCGCAUUUAGGGGCUUCGGUCACCUCAAGGGGCAACGUCAGCGCGACUUUCCGUGUCCCUGGACAAGUUACGAUUCCCAGUGAUGGUGAAGCACAUAACUUCACCAUCGUUGAACUCAACUUGCAAGCGACGAUGAGCUGGGUCACUGUGCCGAAAGUUGAUACCAAAGCGCAUAUCACGGCAAAAAUCGUCAAUGCGUCAGACUACACACUUCUUGCUGGCUCUUCCAGCGUCUACGUGGACGGCAGUUUCAUCUCUCGAUCCGAGGUGCCUGCAGUCAGCCCGAAGGAGAGCUUCGAUUGUCCUCUUGGUGUGGACCCCUCGAUCCGCAUCACCUACCACCCUGUCAUCAAGAAAGUCACCCAUUCCGGGUUCUACAACAAGACCGCAACGCAUGUCUUCAGCCAGCGCAUCACGAUAUUCAACACCAAAUCGCUUCCGGUCUCGCGUGUCAAGGUCGUCGAUCACAUCCCCACGUCGCAAACGUCGCAGAUCGAGGUGAAGCUGCUCAGUCCCGCGUUGGUCGUGGCGUCAGAGAGCGGGAAUACGGGGAGCAUGAAAGUGCAGAAAGGAAAAGACGCAGCGCCGGUUCCGCAGAAGAUAGCUGUGGCCAAGGACGUUGUUGCCCAGUGGGACGGGGUCGAUGAGCCGGAUUGUGUUGUCGAGUCGUUGGGCCUGGACCGCAAGAUCAACUGGAUUUGCUCCGUCGCGUCGCAGGCCAAAGUCACUGUCGCGCUUGACUGGGAGGUGACGGUGUCGCCUGCGAGUGCUCAGGUGGUUGGGCUUUGA